UUAUAUAAGUAUCGACCUCCAUCAUCUUCCCUGAUCCAUCUCCAAUUAAUUUUACUUUACAUUCAUAAUGACUAAUCGCGAUGUAUUCUUAAGCUUUCGCGGAGAGGAUACUCGCAAUAAUUUCACUGUUCAUCUUUACCAAGCAUUGGAUCGAAUUGGAAUCAACACUUACAAAGAUGACAAGGAGCUGAGUAAAGGUGAAGAAAUUUCACCGGCACUUUUAAAGGCCAUUGAAGAGUCAAAGAUUUCGAUCGUAAUAUUUUCUGAAAACUAUGCGUCAUCGACGUGGUGUUUGGAUGAGCUGUUGAAGAUCCUAGAGUGUAAAGAAUCAAAGCAACAGAAGGUUCUAGCAGUGUAUUACAAAGUCGAGCCAUCGACAGUACGACACCAAAAUGGAAGUUUUAAAGAAGCGUUCGCUAAACAUGAAAAAAAGUUCGAUGAAGCUAAAGUUCAGAGGUGGAAGACUGCCUUAAAUCAAACUGCCGGGCUAUGCGGUUUUCAUUUGAAGAUCAACGAGGACGAAUAUGAGUUUAUCCAAAAGAUUGUUAAAGAGGUCUCAACAACCUUACCAAAACAUUUUGACUUGCAUGUUGCCAAGUUUCCGGUGGGAAUAAAGUCUCGAGUAGAAGAUAUUAACAAGCUAUUAUGUAUUGAGGAGAAUGACAUACGCAUGAUAGGGAUUUUCGGUGUUGGUGGAAUUGGAAAAACAACUAUUGCAAAUGAGAUGUAUAACUGCAUUACUGAUCGAUUUGAAGGUAGCUGUUUUCUUGCAAAUGUUAGGGAAUCUUCAAAACAAGAUCAAGGUGGUCUCGUAAAGUUGCAACAGACAAUUCUUUCUGACAUUCUUAAAGAUUCAAGUUUGAAAGCUAGUAAUGUCUAUCAAGGAAUCAAUUUGAUAAUGAAGAGACUUUGCCAUAAAAGAAUUCUUUUGGUUCUUGAUGAUGUCGAUUGUUUGGACCAAUUAGACAAAUUAUGUGGAAGUUGCGAUUGGUUUGGUUCUGGUAGUCGAAUCAUCAUAACAACAAGGGAUGAGGGUUUACUAACUAAGCAUCAUGUUGAUUUCAAAUAUCAUACGAAGGUAAUGGAACACCAUGAAGCUCGUCAGCUCUUUAUCAAGCAUGCCUUCAAAAGUGGCAAACUAGAUGAUGGUUUUGCGGAUGUCAUAGAACUUGCACUAAAGUGUGCUGCCGGCCUUCCACUUGCUUUAAAAAUAAUAGGCUCAAAUCUAUGUGGACAAGAUAUAAAGUUUUGGAAAAGUGAAUUGAAAGAGUACAAAAGAGUUCAAGAACAUGAUAUCUACGAAAAACUCAAAAUAAGUUACGAUGGAUUAGAUGAUCGUACAAAAAAGAUUUUUCUUGACAUUGCAUGUUUCUUUAAAGGACGCAAUAGAGAAUAUGUCACUCUGAUUCUGGAUGGUUGUGGUUUCAAUGCCUAUGCUGGUAUCAAAAAGCUCAAUGAUAAAUGUCUCAUAACUAUUGAUGAAGAUGAUAAACUCAUGAUGCAUGACUUAUUAGAAGAUAUGGGUAAAGAAAUUGUCCGACAAGAAGCACCUGAAGAACCUGGCAAGCGGAGUAGAUUAUACUCUUAUGAAGAUGUUCGUGAAGUACUUGAAAGAAAUAAGGGAACAGAACAAAUUGAAGGCAUAUUGAUCAAUUUUCCUUCUUGGGAGGACAGUACGAUACGUUUGGAUUCUGAUGUGUUUGCAAAAAUGGAAAAACUCAGAAUAUUAAAACUUACAUACUUCUUUGGCCACCUUGACGACUGUGACGGCUUUUUUUGUGAUGGAUUGAAUUAUCUCUCUAAUGAGUUAAGAGUUCUUCAUUGGCCCAAAUGUCCUUUGCUCUCUUUGCCAUCUAAUUUUCAUGGAGAGAAACUCAUUGAUUUCGAUAUCCGAGGAAGCAAAAUUAGAGAUUUAGGCACGAGAUUGCAACCUAAGAACUUAACAAGUAUAGACCUCACUUUCUGUGAUGACUUGACAAAUAUACCGGAUCUUUCAAGUUGCUCAAAUCUAGAGGAGUUGAUUUUUGAUUAUUGUGGAAGUUUAGUUGAGGUUCAUGAUUCUGUUGGAUUUUUGAAAAAGCUUGUUAAAUUGAGUUUUAAAGGAUGUUUCAGCCUAAAGAAGUUGCCAAGAAGCUUCAAGUUGAUAUCUCUAAAAGUACUUGACCUUGAAGGUUGUACAAGCCUUGAAUACUUUCCUGAAAUUGAGUGUAAAAUGGAACAUUUGGAGUAUCUCUCGUUAGAAUGCACAGAAAUACAGGAGCUACCUUCAUCCAUUACAUACUUCACUGGGCUCAAUAGGUUAUUUAUAGAUGCUUGCGACAACUUUGUGCAUUUUCCAGUAAACAUUUUUCAGUUGGAACAUCUACAGGAGGUUUCCAUCACUGGUUGUCCAAAUUUUGUAAAUUUUGGAAAGGAGGUGGGGCAUAAUGAACAAUUCGUGCCAUGUACACAGGACAAUGAAAUUUCAUCAAGUAUGGAACCUCGAGAAUCAAAUAAUUUAUUUAGGACAUUUAAUUUCUCAUCCAGUUUGUGGACUUUAGAUCUAUCUGGUAGUGCUAUUGUUAGCCUUCCUCCAUGCAUCGAAAGAUUUGUUGGAUUGUCUAGACUAUUGUUGAGCUACUGUGAGCAACUUGAACAAAUUCUACACCUUCCACCAAAUAUAAAAUGGGUAGAGGCUAUGGGAUGCGAGUCAUUGGAACGCUUUCCUCAUGUAUCGACAGAAUCUUCAUUCGGUAUACUCGGCUUAAAACGGUUAACAAGGAUUGACUUAUCGGAAUGCAAUAAAGUGGAAGUGGAUGUAGGGAAUCAUGCACCAGAUCCAUUAUUGGUACAGGAACGCUUUCGGGAGAAAGAUUCAAGUACGAUUAUAUAUCCAGGAAGUAGGAUUCCAGAGUGGUUCAAGUAUUGCAAGGAGACUACUUCAUUAAGUAAAUCUAUUGAAGUAGAAAUGGAUCAUAAUGCGUCCAUGUGUUUUGGGCAUCAGAUCGUGGCAUUAGUUUUGUGUUUUGUUGUGGGACCUAUUGAAGAAGGGACUAUGCGGUGUUUUACUAUCUCAAUAAACGGCCGGCAGAGUGGAAUUGAUAAUACGUGGUUAUGGAAUUCAUUGGACGCACAUCAUGUAUGUCUAAGAUACAUAGCUGGAAAUUCUAUUGAUGAGAUUCUGUCAAGAAGUUACAGGGAGGGGAACAAUAAUAUGAGGUUUACAUUUGAAGGUGAUAGGAAGAAAGCACUUUUAAAAAGUGUCGGAGUCCAUCUAAUAUACAGGAAUGACAAUUUCAUUAAUCCUAUUCAACUUUCAAAGAGAUACCAAGAUGAUGGUGAGCAUGACUUGGCACCCGAUUGGAACCCACAAGAGAAGCGGCAAUCUUCAACCACGAGAAUUAUGGAAUUCAACGAUGCUAAUGAUGAUUUAAUUAUUGAGGAUUUGGAUUUAGAACUUCGACUUGGAAAGGAAUCGAAGUUGCGGAAGGAAUCAAAGUUGGGGGAAAGAACCGCAAUGGUUCAAAGGCCUCAAAGAAUAUGUUUUUAGACCAAGACCAGAUCAGUAAUGGAGAUUUAAGGAUGCUGGAUGAAUUGUUAUACUAGGCAUUAUAAGGUCACCAUUGAAAGGCUGAAAUUAAUGACCAAAUUUAUGUGUGGAGGGAAGAAAGGGUAAUUGCUGAAAGUUUCUGGUUUGAGAAAUGAUACAAAUCAAAGUUCCUAAAGCUCUAGAUGGGAUUAUUAUCAUAUUUUUGUUUGCGUCUCAAAAUAAGAAUGAACUCUUGAGGAAAUAAUAGUAACGCAUUCCACUCCUUAAACUCCAGCAAAAUCUGCCCCUGCUUACUGGUUACUAAUCAGGUCAUGUACUAAUAGUAAUGCAUAAUGAAAGACUUCUAUUUUAGUAUCACCAAUAUUGGCUUGCCAUUUUGUGGUUAUCUUGCUGGAGCUCUUGGAUUCUAUUGUAUCUAAUCGCGCCUAACUUGAUGGCUAACAGUACCUGGUAGAGGCAGUGGCGGAGCUAGGAUUUUCUUUCAGCUGGUGCAAAAUAUAAAUAAAAUAAAAAAAGAAAUUUAGAGCUAUGUGGAAAUUGUAUGGGUAAUUGCGAGGAAGGCUCAAUUCCAAGUGUCCUAGUGAUUGUUAUAUACUUGCAACGAUGGCAACAGUCGGCAUAGGUCUAGUGGUCUUCAUCAACCACAAGAGGCAACCAUCUUUAUUGACAAAGGCUCCAGUACAGCCAUCAAACUUGCAAAAGAAAUCCAGCAGCCGCAGUGGAAAUACCAAGAAGGUUGAGAAUGUGAAGCUGACCUUUGUCAGGGAAGAUAGGGAGAGGUAUGAUCUGCAGGAAUUGCUUAAACCUCAGCUGAGAUAUUGGGCAGUGGAUCCUUUGGGUCUUCUUACAAGGCUGCCUUGCAUAAUGGACAGGUGAUAGUUGUGAAGCGGUUCAAACAAAUGAAUAAGUUGGAGAAAGAGGAGUUUCAAGAGCAUAUGAGCAAGCUAGGGAGGUUGAGACACCCGAAUCUGCUUCCUCUGGUGGCUUACUACUAUAUAUAGGAAGGAAGAGAAGCUCUUGGCAUUUGACCAUGUGCAGAAGGCCAGCUUGGCCGUUCAUCUACAUGGUAGUUCAGCCCCAAGACAACCUACAUAGCCCUUUGUUCAUGCCACUUGCUUUUCCAUUCCUCCUCUGUUUUGUUCAAACCACAAGUCGGCAACUUAUGGCCAUUAAUUGGUCUCUCUCUGCCACAUAUUGAAUAUGUUCAACCACACCGAUUGCUAAACUCUUGGCCACGAUAUUCGAUUUAUCGUGGCUAUCAUGUGAAGAGAUUGAAGGACAUGAUUGGAUCUUCUAAUCAUUUGUGGGGUUUUUCUUUCAGUUCACUUCUCUGAGAUCUAGUGAGGUAUGGAAUUUCCUUUAUGACGAGCAUUUCUUUUAAUUUUGGCUUUGGAUUGCUAGCCGGGGAAAAGUAAAGUUGUUGCUUUUAAUAACUAUAAUGUAGCUUUUUUGUUUGCUACUUUACUUGUUUUUCGGCAGUCUGGAUAGACCAAAAAGAUUCAUUUUGGUGUUGUAGGGGUUGCAGUUUUCCCAGAUCAAGAUUAUUGGUUUUUUUCAAGUUUUGUGAUCAUAAAGUUUGGACCACUUAUGGUUUGUUUGCCUUUCCAAAUGAUGGUAAUUUCCGAGGUUAAGAUCAUUAAGUACUAUUCAUUCAUACUUUCAUGAAUUAUAAAUACGGAUUUUUGGCAGACAAUUAUGGUGACAAAAAGAGAAAAUUUUGCUCUUGAGUUUCUGGUUUUUCACUGUUUUCUGGUUUUUCACUGUUUGAACUGUAUAGCAAGUUGUGGCUUGAUUUCUUAGGAUUAGGAACAUUCAUGAUAGACAAGACAAUUGGUGAAUUGUAACUAUUUUUUGCUCAUUAUGACGUAACUAGGAUAUUGUUCUUUUUGGUAUAUCCAGGAAGAUGCCUUUGGUUGGAUUGUUCUUUUUAAUGUAACCAGUUGUUAAUUGCAAAGCAGUGUCAAAUGCAAUGGUCUUUGUUUUUAUUACCAA